CCCUCGGAAGAGGAGGGGCUGAAGACCUUCCGCUGCAGCAACGCUCGGCUGACCGAGGUCCCCAGAGACAUACCCAACGACACCAACAAGCUCUACCUGGACUCCAACCGAAUCCCCUUCCUGCCCCGCGACGCCUUCCGGGACCUGCCGCUCCUGCUGGAGCUGGCCCUGUCCCACAACGCCAUCGCCCGCGUCGAGAGUGAUGGUGUCCGCACGGUGGCCCUGGCGGCCGGCUCCUCGGGCGGCAUCGUGUGCGACUCCUCCGCGCAGGAGGAGCACGUCGGCAAAGCUUUCCUGCAGGUGAUCGCCGACACGGACUUCUGCAACGUGUACAAAAAGACCACGGACAUUGCCAUGCUGGUCACCAUGUUCGGCUGGUUCGCCAUGGUGAUC